CUCAGUGUUACCGCUCAGUACACACAAGCUCAGAGGCUUUAUCCAGGCUGGGAUGGCCUGCUAUUUAUUUCUCCCAGCAAGGCUUACUGAACAGUACCGUUGAAAGUAUUCAUGUUCAAGUACACACUGAGCCUCACUAGUCAUGCCUUUGAGGGCAGCUUGGAUAACAUGAGCAUCAUCCUCGUCUGCUUCCCUGGCGCCCCCAAGGUGACAGAGGAGGCGCUGCAGCAGGAUGCAGAGCUGGAGAAACAUAUUGAUAUGAAAGUGGAAGAAAUAGUCCAGAUAAUGAAGUCCAAAGAUGAUGAACCUGACCUUUUGUAUGUGAUCAAGUUUCUGGCUGCCCAAGAGAUUCCCGGGCUCCCACCAGGUGGAGGCAUCACCAGCAAGCGAGACUGCAUCAUCUCUUCAUAUCAGAAACACGCCAUGACUGUCAGAUCCCGGGAGCCUAGGGACACCGAAGGAUCAGAGGAAGACUUAAACUAAAGACGUUUCCCUGAAAACAGUAUCAUCACCAUCUUCAAUAUCUCCAUGGAGACCAGCAAUUUUGUCAAUUUUAGAUGAGCACUAAAUUAAGCUGAUUUUCGAGCACUUGUGAUCCAGUCAAUUAAAGUCAAAUUGUAAUCAAAA